UAAGAAAUGACAUCCUUUGUUUUCCCACUACUACAAUAAAAAAAAAAAAAGAAAAGAAAACAUUUCUUCUUCUUCUUCCUUACCACUUUACCUUAUCGUUUGAGAAAAUGGAAGCUUUUGAUAUGGCGGCUUGUUUUGAGGACAACUUACUGGACUUUGCUUCCGACGUCGGAGAGGAGGACGAAGACAAAGAACACAACAAGAAAUCCUCAACUUCUUCUUCUUCUCUUAACCCUAACAACUCUUGUUUUUCAGAAUUUGCAGAGGAAGAACUAGAAUGGUUAUCAAACAAGGAUGCAUUUCCUGCCGUGGAAACGUCAUUCGUCGAUGUUUUAGGGACAGCGACAAAGCACCAGAGCUCGCUAACCUUAACCAAUGGAAACGUUGUAAUGUAUUGUUUUGGCAACGUUAAGAUCCCCGUAAAAGCGAGGUCCAAGCGUCUCCGCAAAUGCAGGGACCUGAGGGACCACGAAAAAAAUUGGUGGGUUCAUGAGAAUGUGAAGACUUCGAAUGCCACUGCAAAGGGAAAUCGUUGGAGGACUAUGGGAAGGAAAUGCCAGCAUUGUGGUGCAGAAAAGACACCGCAGUGGAGGGCAGGGCCACUUGGACCUAAAACACUUUGCAAUGCUUGUGGAGUGAGGUAUAAGUCCGGGCGUUUGGUGCCUGAGUAUCGUCCAGCAAGUAGCCCUACGUUUUCCAGUAAGUUGCAUUCGAAUUCCCAUAGGAAGAUAUUAGAGAUGAGGAGGCAUAAGCAGUUGGGGUUUCCUUCAAUGAAGCCUAUGGAUAAACGAUCAAAAGAGAAUGAAUGUGGGUAUUAACGAAGCUAUCGUGCCACAAAUGCGAUGAAACUUGGUGUUUGGCAAAGAGCAUUGAACUCUAUAAGUUAAGAUGUUAGUGUUGAAUGUUAUGAGUUUGUUGUCUUCAUCAAUUGAAGCAGAUUUUUUACGAAUAGCCAAGUGACACUAUCUAUAAUAUGACUUGUGAAACAUGUGAGAGUUGCAACCUAAGAUGUAGCUAGGGAAGGCUUAAUCUCUUUCGUAAGUCAAAUAAGGUUGAUUUAAGUUUUAACUUUGUUUUAGAAGCUUUAUAUCUGUCAAUUAUUGAUGUCAAAUUAUAAUGAUUUAUUUUCUACAUGUAUGGACUUGUUUUGCGCAAGAAAUCAUGUCUACAUAUUGCACAACUUUUGAAAAUCAUAUGUAGUGGAGCAGUGAAAAUAUUUAAUGUAUUUGUGUCAUGGUUCAGCUUGUGAGCAACGCACCCAAGGGUGCGGAGUGGACCACCCCAAGUGCAAAUGAAGGCUCCCAACUGUGUAUGACAACCACCAAGGGUGUGGAUGGUGGCCACCAAAGAUUCAAGGAGGCCCUUUUUUAAGUGCAACAUGCUUGAAAAGGUGCACAUGCGAGAAGAAUAGGUCUAGGGGUUCUAGAACGUCCGGGAAGAAUUUAGAAAUUUGAAGAGAUAGGAACUUAUUUGAGCUAGGUAGAACUUUUCGGAAGGUCUAGAAUAUCUAAGAUUGUAUAGAAAUGUACAAAGUUGUAUAGAAUGUUUUAGACAUGUGAUCUUGAUAGUCUAUUGUAUUCAAUUGUGACCAUUGAAUCAAAGGGGCUUAGCCUAUAUAAAAGGAGACAUCUUUCCCUCAUUUGUUUUAAGUUAAUUUAUAGAGUAAUAAAAUUUUUGCAUUCUCCCAA